AUGGAUAUUGCAGAUAUUCAGCCCUUCCUGGAGCCCCAGCACACACGUGCGCUCUCGGUCUGCCAAGCUCAGCUGGCUGUGGUUGGCAUGGAUGGAUUAGAAAAACAUCAUCAUGUCUCCAGGACUCAUUCUUCCCCUGCUUCCUCCAUUUUACCUCACCCAGCCAUGGACCGUCCUCUCCAGCCUGGCUCUGCAACUGGAAUUGCCUAUGACCCUCUGAUGCUGAAACACCAGUGCAUUUGUGGCAAUUCCACCACCCACCCUGAACAUGCUGGACGAAUACAGAGCAUCUGGUCUCGCCUGCAAGAAACUGGGCUGCUAAAUAAAUGUGAGCGAAUUCAAGGUCGAAAAGCCAGCCUGGAGGAAAUACAGCUUGUUCAUUCUGAACAUCACUCACUGUUGUAUGGCACCAACCCCCUGGAUGGACAGAAGCUGGACCCCAGGAUACUCCUAGAUGAAGAAUGCCUAGAAAUUGCACGUGCAGGGUCAACAGAGCUGCCAGAAGGCAGUGGAUCAUCCUGGGAAAUGGUUUGUGGUAGAGCGUUAACGCACAUGGCAUGCCCCUUGUCUCCUCCAGCUGCCACAUUAAUAGUUCACGCCUUCUUUCCAUAUGGAAUGUCUGUCACAGUGGACAGUGACACCAUUUGGAAUGAGCUGCACUCGUCCGGUGCUGCACGCAUGGCUGUUGGCUGUGUCAUCGAGCUGGCUUCCAAAGUGGCCUCAGGAGAGCUGAAGAAUGGGUUCGCUGUUGUGAGGCCCCCAGGCCAUCACGCUGAAGAAUCCACAGCCAUGGGGUUCUGCUUUUUUAAUUCAGUUGCAAUUACCGCCAAAUACUUGAGAGACCAACUAAAUAUAAGCAAGAUAUUGAUUGUAGAUCUGGAUGUGCACCAUGGAAACGGUACACAGCAGGCCUUUUAUGCUGACCCCAGCAUCCUGUACAUUUCACUCCAUCGCUAUGAUGAAGGGAACUUUUUCCCUGGCAGUGGAGCCCCAAAUGAGGUCGGAACAGGCCUGGGAGAAGGAUACAAUAUAAAUAUUGCCUGGACAGGUGGCCUUGAUCCCCCCAUGGGCGAUGUUGAGUACCUGGAAGCAUUCAGGUUGGUACUUCUUUCUCUCCAACAUGGCAAAUUAGAAAACAAAUGUCCAUCGAAACACCACCAAAUGUCCAAGAGAAAUGUAACUUUCUAA